UAUAUAUUAUACAUUCAAGGGACAUACAAGUAUACAACGAAACACCAUUGGAACGCUCUCUGAUUCUCCUUCAGUUGCAGGUACCGUUGAGAGCUGGGAAGAUGGAGAAGGAACCUAAGGUAGCCUCUGAAGAUCCAAAGGUAGAUUUAUUCGAAGAUGACGACGAGUUUGAAGAGUUUGAGAUUAAUGAAGAGUGGGAUGAGAUCGAGGGAAAAGAAAUAACACAGCAAUGGGAAGAUGACUGGGAUGAUGAUGAUGUCACUGAUGAUUUCUCUCUGCAGCUGAAGAAGGAACUGGAGAACAACCAGAAGAGUUAAGUUCAUGUACCAUCAUCUUCGUAUAUGUGGAUUUCAGUGUCUCACUCUCUGUUGUGUUUUGUUUUUUUUUGGCAAUGGGAAUAGUACUAAUGGUUGUAAACAAAGGCAUGUCUUAAUUAAGAUAUUUUAAUUAUCCGUGAAUUUUGCAAGUA